UCCUGCCUACUUGCUUCCUUGCACAUCUCUGUCUGGUUUCUCGCUGAGCGAAAGCCUUCUCGGAUUUUCCCAGCGACCGUCUACUUUCUGCCAUACAUAUUCCCGCUUUCUCGUUGCAAAUAACUUCCUUUCGUUGCCCAAAAUGGAUAAGAUCAAGGAGAGAAUGAACAACCUCCGCCUCGAGGCUGAGGAGGCCCAGGAGAAGGUCGAGGAGCUCAAGACCAAGGUGAAGACGUUGGAACAGGAGAACCUCGCCAAGGAACAGGAGAUCACAUCCCUCAACCACCGGAACCAGCUUCUGGAGGGUGAGGUGGAGAAGCUCGAGACCUCCCUGAAGGAGGCCAAGGAUUCUGCCAACCAGAGUGCCCAGCACGAUACCCAGAACGAGGCCCUUCAGAGACGUCUGCAGCUGCUGGAAGAGGAGGCCGAGGAGGCCGACCGGAAUCUCCGGGAGACUAACGAGAAGCUCCGCCAAACCGACGUCAAGGCUGGCCACUACGAACGCAAGGUGCAGGCUCUCGAAGCGUCCCGUGACCAGUGGGAGAGCAAGUAUGAGGAGAUGGCGAAGAAAUACGCCGAGCUGCAGAAGGAUCUGCACGACCUCGAGGUCUCGAUCAGCAACGUCUAGAGAGAUGGCGCCGAGCCCCGGAAGAUGUUGGAUUCUGCCUUCUUCUUUUUGCCAAAUAUACUUUUACCUUUGCUUUCCCAUCCUGCACAUCACAGUUUGAUAUAUCACUUCCUGUCGGCAGGAGACGGAUUUAGUCGUAUCCUGUCGUCGUGUCAUCUAGCUGGCUUUAUCCUCUUCAUCAACCGGCCUCUCCGCCCAUCCUCGUGACCCUGUCUGGCUUUUUAUUAUAACAUAUUAGUCUUUGUGAAGGUACAUAGAGCAUAUUUAAUGGGGUUGCCCCUCUGGUUUCUGUAUUCUUAACCGAAUGGUGGUUCAUAUGAGUGCCGUGCUGUGCUGUAUAAGACUGAAUAUCAUCAGCGUUCUCGUCGAGCCUUGGCCUUCCUGUGAUUCGACAAGCGUUCUUUCGCCCUGGUAAGCUUGCGUUCUUCCUUGCUUUCGUAACGGAACUUCUUCUUCUUUUUCGGCUUGGUAUCGGCCUUCUUCUUUUUGCUC